ACAAAAGACAAAGUCGAAGGUGGAGUGGAAGAUGAAGCCGAAGCUAGAGUGGAAGCUAGAACCGAAGCUAGAGUGGAAGCUAGAACCGGAGCUAGAGUGGAAGCUAGAACCGGAGCUAGAGUGGAAGCUAGAGCCGAAGCUAGAGUGGAAGAUAAAGCUAAAGCGAGAGUGGAAAAUAAAGCCGAAGCUAGAGUGGUAGAAAUCGAAGGCAGUGAAGUGCUCCAAGACUUUACUACGCGAGCCCCGUUUGGCCACCGGGCAAUUGCCAAGUUGGAAACAGUGAAUACGGAGAGACCUGAGUUCCCUGCGAAAUUGCCAUGUACCGGUCCCCCGCUCGAACGCACCGCUUCUCUCCCACGCCACCCAUUCCUGCGCACCGUUACCCGCCCCCGCGCUGGCCAGUCCACCAUCGGGCCCGCCCCCGACUCAUUCUCUUCCUCCGUCGCCGCCAGCCACACCGCCGCGCGCGCGCCUGCGCACGACGACGACCAACAUCAAUCUGCGUCGCGCCUGUCGGCUCUGUCCCCCAGCCUCAUCCUUCAUCACUAUUCCUUCCGCCCAUCCGCCCUCCGCCCUAUCCCUCCGCCGCUCAUCCCCGCCGCUCAGUCCCUCGCCCUGCAUCCUUCCGCCCCUCAUCGCGUCUCGCCUCAUGUCUCCGCCUCCUCCGUCCGCCUCAUCCCUCCGCCUCCCCCCUGCCGCAUCCGCUCCGGGCCUCAUCCUCCGGCCUCAUCCUCCGCCCUCAAUCCUCCGCCCUCAUUCGCUGCCGCCCUCAUCCCUCCCCUCAAUCUCGGCCCUCAUCCUGCCCUCAUCCUCCGCCUCACCGCUCGCCUCAUCCCUCCGCCCUCCGCUCGCCUCGCCCUCCCGCUCCGCCCUCCGCCUCCGCCCUGUCGCCUUUCGGCCCUUCGCCCUUCGCCCUUCGCCCUCCACCCUCCGCCUUCACCCCCCGCCAUAGCUCCAUCCUCCUCCAUUGCCGCUGACCACGUUCUCUACCGCUGCGCCCCCGUCGCGCUCUACCAUCACCCUCGUCGCCACCGCAACCGUCUUUCCUCCACCUCCAUCGCCUCCGCCCCACCUCCCACCGUCUCGGGGAUGGCGGCGUCCGCCCCGGUGUGCCGGCCGGCUGGCAGCCAGCGCAACGGGCAAAACUCGACAACAAUGCGGCCGCCGCGACAGACGGCGGCCCACGAGCAGGCGGCCUUGGGAAGUGUGCAACGGAAGGAAGCGUGCACGACGGUUGAAGUAAUCUCGGAAACAGAUACGUGGAAAUGCGACCAAACUUCUGCGUCCUUUGAAUUAUCGUAUAAAAAGAUUUCUUUCAAUUACACAUAUUUUUUUCUUCUUCAGAAAAUCGAACCCAAAGUAGGGCGAGCUUAG